GACAUGACCGAUAAUAGCAACAGCCAACUGGUGGUGAGAGCGAAGUUUAACUUCCAGCAGACCAAUGAAGACGAGCUCUCCUUUACGAAAGGCGACAUCAUCCACGUCACGCGGGUCGAGGAGGGCGGCUGGUGGGAGGGCACGCACAAUGGCAGGACCGGCUGGUUUCCCAGCAACUACGUGCGGGAGGUCAAGCCCAGUGAAAAGCCCGUGUCUCCUAAAUCAGGAACGUUGAAGAGCCCUCCCAAAGGAUUUGAUACUACUGCCAUUAACAAGAGCUAUUACAACGUGGUGCUACAGAAUAUUUUGGAAACUGAAAAUGAGUAUGCUAAAGAACUUCAGACUGUGCUUUCUACCUACCUGCGGCCUUUGCAGACCAGCGAGAAGUUAAGUUCAGCAAACAUUUCAUAUUUAAUGGGAAAUCUAGAAGAGAUAUGUUCUUUCCAGCAAAUGCUUGUACAGUCUUUAGAAGAAUGCACCAAGUUGCCAGAAGCUCAGCAGAGAGUUGGAGGAUGCUUUUUAAAUCUGAUGCCACAGAUGAAAACCUUGUACCUUGCAUAUUGUGCCAACCACCCGUCUGCAGUGAACGUUCUCACGGAGCACAGCGAGCAGCUGGGAGAGUUCAUGGAGACCAGAGGCGCCAGCAGCCCGGGGAUCCUGGUGCUGACCACCGGCCUCAGCAGACCGUUCAUGCGCCUGGACAAGUACCCCACGUUGCUCAAGGAGCUGGAGAGACACAUGGAGGAUUAUCAUCCAGAUAGACAAGAUAUUCAAAAAUCCAUGACUGCCUUCAAAAACCUCUCAGCGCAGUGUCAGGAGGUGCGGAAAAGGAAGGAGCUGGAGUUGCAGAUCCUGACAGAAGCCAUCCGGAGCUGGGAGGGAGAUGACAUCACGACCCUGGGCAGCGUCGUUUACAUGUCCCAGGUCAUGGUCCAGUGCGCCGGGAGUGAGGAAAAGAAUGAGAGAUACCUUCUGCUCUUCCCAAAUAGUUUGCUGAUGUUAUCUGCCAGUCCUAGGAUGAGUGGUUUUAUCUAUCAGGGAAAGCUACCAACGACAGGAAUGACAAUCACAAAGCUUGAGGACAGUGAAAAUCAUAGAAAUGCAUUUGAAAUAUCAGGGAGCAUGAUUGAGCGGAUCCUGGUGUCCUGCAACAACCAGCAGGAUCUGCACGAGUGGGUGGACCAUCUCCAGAAGCAGACAAAGGUCACCUCUGUCGGCAACCCCACCAUCAAGCCCCAUUCUGUGCCGUCUCACACCCUCCCCUCUCAUCCGAUCGCGCCAUCCGGCAAGCACGCAGACAGCAAGCCGGCACCCCUGACGCCUGCCUACCACACGCUGCCCCACCCCUCCCAUCACGGCACUCCGCACACCACCAUCAACUGGGGGCCUCUGGAGCCUCCGAAGACCCCCAAGCCGUGGAGCCUCAGCUGCCUGCGACCUGCCCCGCCCCUGCGGCCUUCCGCUGCUCUCUGCUACAAGGAGGAUCUUAGUAAGAGUCCCAAGACCAUGAAAAAGUUGCUACCUAAGCGCAAGCCUGAGCGGAAGCCUUCAGAUGAAGAGUUCGCCCUGAGGAAAAGCACAGCUGCUUUGGAAGAAGACGCGCAGAUCCUGAAAGUCAUCGAAGCUUAUUGCACAAGCGCCAAAACGCGGCAAACGCUCAAUUCGACAUGGCAAGGCACUGACCUGAUGCAUAAUCACGUCUUGGCUGACGACGACCAAUCAAGUCUAGACUCCUUGGGUCGUCGCAGUAGCCUUUCCCGUUUGGAGCCCUCAGACCUCUCGGAAGACUCUGACUAUGACAGUAUAUGGACAGCCCAUAGUUACAGAAUGGGUUCUACAUCUCGCUCACGCAAAGAAUCUGCUCCACAAGUUUUGCUUCCAGAGGAAGAGAAAAUCAUAGUUGAAGAAACUAAGAGUAAUGGUCAGACAGUGAUAGAAGAAAAGAGUCUUGUGGAUACUGUCUACGCGUUAAAGGACGAAGUCCAAGAGUUAAGACAGGAUAACAAAAAGAUGAAGAAAUCUCUGGAGGAAGAGCAGAGAGCCCGCAAGGACCUGGAAAAGCUGGUGAGGAAAGUUCUGAAGAACAUGAACGACCCUGCCUGGGAUGAGACCAACCUCUGAGGAGCAUCCUUGCCUCUUCCCAGCGAGGAGACCAGGCCCGGGUGAACACGUGGGACCGCGGGGGCAGGGCUGGACAAAAGUCAUCUUGCUUUCUGUGCACGGGAAAGCUGGAGUUGCUCACACAAAUAGAAACGGUUGCA